GGUGGGGGCGAGGAGGAACCAUGUUCCUGAGCCCAGGUGAGGGGCCGGUGGCUGAGGGUGGGGGGCCAGGGCCUGGCGAGGAGGCCCCCAAGAAGAAGCACCGGAGGAACCGCACGACCUUCACCACGUACCAGCUGCACCAGCUGGAGCGGGCGUUCGAGGCCUCCCACUACCCGGAUGUUUACAGCCGCGAGGAGCUGGCAGCCAAGGUGCACCUGCCUGAGGUGCGCGUGCAGGUGUGGUUCCAGAACCGCCGGGCCAAGUGGCGCCGCCAGGAGCGUCUUGAGUCAGGCUCCGGGGCCGUGGCAGCCCCGAGGCUCCCCGAGGCCCCAGCACUGCCCUUUGCCCGCUCUCCCACCAUGCCACUGCCCCUGGAGCCCUGGCUGGGCCCGGGGCCCCCAGCCGCGCCAGGCCUCCCGCACUUCCUGGGCCCGGGCCCGGGGCUACAGGGGUCCUUUGGGCCCCACGCCUUUGGUCCGGCCUUCACGGACGGCUUCACCCUGGAGGAGGCAUCCCUGCGGCUGCUGGCCAAGGAGCACAUGCAGGCUCUGGACAGGGCCUGGCCAUCGGCCUGAGGCCACUGCCUGCCCAGUCCUCCCUUCUCAACCUGUCUGUGGCCACCCACGCCGGGUCCCCCACCCCACCACCACCUCCUUACCCUGCUUUGCAGGGUAACUGGCACCCAAUUUCAAGGAGGUGACCAGAGGAUUCCGAGGCCAGGGGGUGGGUGCCUGGCCUG